AUGAGUCGGAUUCCGGGAUGCUGUGUGUAUGCAGCACUGCGCCAUUCCCCUCUGUCAAGCUACUUGAAAUAUGGUCAGUAUUUUGGACGACAUACGCAUGUAAAUAUCCUCAAUACUUCCCUCCCCGGAGGUAGCGGGCUGGUGAACGAGUUGCGGAAAUAUUUCACGAUGCAUGCCAGUUUGACCGUGAAAUACUGCGUGACGAAGAAACUGACAAUGGCUUGGCCGAUUGAUCUCGACAAUGAGGGCGAGGACAGUGACGACGAUGACAGCGAUCAGCUAGAGAAUGAACCACUGGAGUCCGUAGUUGUUGCAGACUACGGAAUGGUGGAGCAAUAG